AUGCUCCCGAAAAGCCCAAACCUUCCCCUUGCUAGAGGAAAGACCUUCGUGGGCUACUUCACCCUGCGCUGGCAGCAGGACACCUACGAACUGGGACGGCACUACUUGGUGCUGUGCCACGGCCACCUUUCUACGGGAAAGCACAUCAUCAAUGCAAGGGUCAAGACGAGCAAGACGUUCCCUGCCACGAGCCGGGUGAGUGCAGCCGGAAAGCCCGCUUGGACUCAGGCAGAGGCCUUGUGCCUGCUGGCGAGAGGUGAUCAGCCUUUCUCCCUGCUUUUGGUGCUGAUCCGAACCGGACGGACGCACCAAAUCAGAGUGCACCUUAAGCAUGCAGGCCAUCCCACCGUCUGUGAUGAAAAAUACACGGACCCGGCCAUUUUCGCGGAAGAUGUGGCCUGGUCCUCCGCCGGCAAUUUCAAGAUCCCCCGAAGG